GAGUACCUCAAAGUGAAAAUCACAAAUUUCCAACUUCCGAUAAUAAUCAGUCUCUUUAAACACUCAAUUAGAUCCAGUUGUCGAUAACUGUAGCUAUGGAAACCACCGCAAAAGUUAAGAAGGCCUUCGGAGGAAGAAAACCCGGUGGCGCAAAAACCAAAUCGGUUUCGAAAUCAAUCAAAGCCGGUCUUCAAUUUCCGGUUGGUAGAAUCACUCGUUUCCUGAAGAAAGGACGGUACGCUCAGAGACUUGGUGGUGGUGCUCCGGUUUACAUGGCUGCCGUGCUUGAAUACCUCGCCGCUGAAGUUCUGGAGCUUGCUGGUAACGCUGCGAGAGAUAACAAGAAGUCAAGGAUCAUUCCGAGGCAUCUUCUUCUUGCCAUAAGGAACGAUGAAGAAUUGGGGAAACUUCUAAGUGGAGUCACAAUCGCUCACGGUGGUGUUUUGCCUAACAUAAACUCUGUUCUUCUACCUAAGAAGACUGCUUCUAAAUCAACUGAAGAAAAGGCUUCCAAGUCACCAGUCAAGUCUCCAAAGAAAGCUUAAUCGUCUUGAGUUUUAGUUUUGUUUUCGUUGGUAGUUUGUGUUUGAGCUUUGGUGAUUGUAGAAAUUUCAAGCUUUUUAAUCUUUGUUUUUGUGUUUGGUGAAUUAGAAGGUUGUUCAAAUUCCAUUUCCUAAUUAUAAGAUUUUAUGGCCUA